AUGGCAGAAAAUAUUAAGACCAUCAAUGAAUCAUUAAAUAUACUUAAAGAUGACAUUGCUAGUUAUGAUCUUCAAGCGGAGUUUGUGAAUUCAAUUCUUGAGAUUAGCUUUAACAUGGAGAUAGACUCCUUCCUUGAUGAUUCAAAAGUUAAUCAGAAUGUUGGAAAUAACAUUGUUGAAGCAACCUAUUGUGAUACUGUGACAGAAAUCAUGGAGACUCUUCCCCAAUAUGAAUUAACAGAAUAUGAUUGUUGGUCCAUAUUCAAGAAAAGAGCAUCUGCAAAUGAGAGACUUUUAACUCUAGAUUUGGAGAAAAUUGGAAAGGAGAUUGUUAAAAAAUGUAAAAGGAUUCCAUGGGCUACUAGAUUUUUAGGGGGAAUAAUGUACUUUAUACAUGAUAAAGGUGAAUGGCUAUCGAUUCAAAAUAAUAAAAAUUGGGAUUUACUAGACGAUGAUAAUAAUGGAGUGUUUCACAUAAUAAAGUUAGGUUAUGAUCAUCUUCGAACACCAUCUUUGAAACGAUGUUUCGCAUACUGUGCAAUUUUCCCUAAGGAUUAUGACUUGAAAAAGGACGAAGUAAUUCAGCAUUGGAUGGCUGAAGGGUUUCUUGAACCAUCUAAAGAAGCUAAUAUGGUGAUGGAGGAUAUUGGUAACGUGUAUUUUAAUAUUUUGUUGACCACUUCCUUUUUCCAAAAUGCUACAAAGGAUGUCUAUGGUGAUAUUAUUAGUUGCAAAAUGCAUGAUUUGGUGCAUGAUUUUGCCAUCUCAAUUUCAAAAUCUGAAAUUAUGAUUUUAGAGGGAGAUUCUGUGGAUAAUGUUAGCAAAGUACAACCAUUAUUUUUCCGAUCUGAUGGCGAAACAACACCAAGAACUUCAUUUGGUAGAGAUGGGUUGCCAAAUUCAAUUGAGCGGUUGAUACAUUUGAGGCUUCUUCACAUCUUGCACACUAAAAUUGAGGAAUUACCAAAAUCCAUUACCAAACUCUACAAUUUGCAAACUUUAAGAAUUGAAGAAUGCCCUAAACUUAAGAAGCUUCCGGAAGACCUAAGCAAUUUGAUUAACUUGAGACAUAUAUUAAUAUUGGUUGUUUGA